AUGACUAUUGCAGAAAAGAGACCACUUGAUGAGACUGAGGGUGCGGGUACCGUCGACAAGAAGCAGAACGCCGCCCCUUAUGUAAAGGGCAUGGCUGCAAUCAAGCCCGAAUAUUUAGCACCCGUGGCAGCGAGGGAAUCCCCCGUGGUUGAAGAUUACAACGAUGACGAAGCAGAAGGAGGCGAUAGAGAACAACAGGAAGAGCCCAAGAAUGGACGUCGAGGACCCAAGGGCAAGAAAAACCGGGGCCAGAAUAAGAACCGUGAUUUGAGGCAAAAGAAAGACACUGUGAAACUAUGCGUUUCCAUGAUUGACCCCGACGACAGCGAGACUGGCUGCGUGGCAGGAGGAGCUGAACAUUGCAAAUUCUCCCACGAUUUGCAAGAGUUUUUGAACGCCAAGUCCGAAGAUAUCGACGGCGUGUGUCCCGUUUUUGAAGCCUUGGGAUACUGCCCCACCGGUAUGAAAUGCAGAUGGUUGAAAUCUCACUUCAAUAGGGAAACAAACAAGCUCGUUAAGGAUUUGGAGAAACUAGCCAUUGCCAAGAAGGAAAACUUCGAAGUCAACAAGAUUGACCGAGAUAGCAAGAUUGCCUUGCAGCGGAAAAAGUUCAGUUUCGACAUUUCAGCUCCGGUGAUUGAGUACCUUGAAUCGAAAAUCCAAAAGGACGAUGAUCCACACCGCGAAACGAGAAAAGAGAACGAAGCUGCGUUUGUUGAGCAACCAUACAAGAUUGCCGAGAAGAAGAAAAUCGAUCUACGCGGCGCCAAGAUUGUUUCGCCGUUGACCACGGUGGGUAACCUCCCCUACCGUCGACUCAUGAAAUCCUUGGGAGCCGACGUGACCUAUUCCGAAAUGGCACUUUCCAAGCCAUUGAUGGAAGGCCAUCAACCAGAGUGGGCACUUCCGAAAGCUCACAUUUCAGAGUACCCGGGUUUCGGCGUGCAAAUAGCUAGCUCGAGACAUUGGGCCGCGGCAAAAGCCAGCGAAGCACUCUACAAGACAUGCCCCUAUAUCAGCGAAUUGAACCUCAACUGCGGCUGCCCCAUUGACUUACUAUUCAAGCAGGGUCAAGGCUCGGCGUUGUUGGACCAGCCUCCACGACUUGUGCGUAUCGUGAAGGCGAUGAAUGCCUCAUCGGGGGAUAUACCAGUAACCAUCAAGAUCCGCACGGGUGUCAAGGAAAACAAAAACACUGCUGUCAACUUGGUUGAGCGUGUUUUGUCCGAGACUCAAGUUGCCGCAAUCACGUUGCAUGGGAGAUCGAGACAGCAGCGGUACACCAAGGAGGCCGAUUGGGAGUACAUUGGACAAGUGGGUAAAGUCGUCCAAGCGUGGAACGACAAGAGAGACGAAGAUAAAGACGGCAGAGACACCAAUCCCAUUUGGUUUGUUGGCAAUGGUGACGUUUACAGCCACGUUGAUUGGUACAACGGCACAAACACCGAGGGUGUAGACUCGGUGAUGGUGGCACGCGGUGCGUUGAUUAAGCCAUGGAUAUUUGAAGAAGUUGAAGCUCAGCAAUACUUGGACAAGUCCUCAAGCGAGCGAUUAGCAAUGUUGGAGAAAUUCGCCAAGUUUGCCAUUGAGCAUUGGGGGUCGGACGAGUAUGGAGUCGGUAAUGCCCGCAGGUUCAUGUGUGAAUUCCUCAGUUUCACCCACCGGUAUAUCCCCGUGGGGAUUUUAGAGAGAUUGCCGCCUAAGUUGAACGAGAGACCUCCGAAAUGGAUCGGCCGUAACGACUUGGAGACGUUGCUUGCGUCGUCGGAUUACAAGGACUGGAUCAAGAUCACGGAGAUGUUCCUUGGUAAGGCCAACGACGAGUUCCGGUUUGUGCCAAAGCACAAGAGCAGCGCCUAUGAGAACGAUAGAGAUGAAAAAUAG